ACAGCUACUUGCGAAACGAUAGGCUAUUCGAGCAAAAUCAGAGGCUUUUGAAAUCCGCUCUUGGCUGAAUGUGGCAUCAUUUAGGAGCAGGACACUUCCAAAGGUACCCGUAUCGUCCAAAGCAUCAGAUCUCGAGAAGAAAUCGAUGGGCCGGGGAGCUCCAGAAGGACAACCCUCGGGCAGUGGACAGAAAGCAGAAGACAGAAUAAAUGAAUGUUCGCCAGCCUAUGGGAAUCCAGCAAACAACCGACCGAUCAUCGAUCAAUCGCUGCAACCAGGUCUCUUGAUCAUCGACUCUCAUUCAGGCUUCACGACUUUCAGACUCUGCCACAACUUGUUUACCGUAUCCAGCAUAUAGGUCCGAGCUUAUAAUGGAUAUGAUGUCUACUACUGCAUCUACCUCACGCAUCAUUGUUCUUUCUUCAACACCAACCCAAGCCCGGACAUUCGUUGAACGUAUAAAGACUUUGUCUGACAACUAUUCCCAGAGCCUCAAGAAGCCAGAACAAGGAACUUCGUCACUAUCUUCGAGCGACUCCAGCAGCGACAGUAUACCAUGGACGAUCGUGAAUCGUUAUUACACCGCCGACGUACAUUUUGAAACACGUACUCUUCAAGAUUUCAGUGCGCAUCAUGCCACCUCUGUACCAGCUGUUAUAUACGUAUGGAAUAAUGGAGAGAAGUAUCAGGAACACAUCCCGUCCAUUGCGAGCAAGCUUGAGAGCCAUGAUCCUGAAGUGUCGUUAGCUAUUCGAUUUGGUGGUGACCAUGUUGUUCAUUCCGAUGAGGAAGAUGGCAUGGACGAAUUCCUGUCAAUCCACGGCUUCGAGUACAUCAAUGGUGAAUUAGGGGGCCGGCGACCUACUAGAGAUGGUGCAGGAUUCUCUGACGAGCAGAGCUCAGGUGUAUCAGGUCUGCCUCGUGUUAUCGACGCCUUAAGCACCAUUAUGUGGCCCUCGCUUGUUCAGUCGGAUGCAACUGAGAGUAGAAGGAGUCGCGCGCGAAACCUAUUAGACUGGGCACGAGCUGAAGAUGAUGAAGAUGGAUUACAAGCUCUCGUUGCUCGAUCCGAUCCCGGAGUGGGGGCCAUACAUUCUGCGGAUCUUAAGACGAGUCGCAUGCAGCGAGAGAUGGAAGAGCUCGAACGUUGGCUGGAGCAAGAAGACCAUGACGCCGAGAAGCGCCGCAAGGAAGACGACAGAAAAGCUUGGAUAUCUGCUGAAGAAGCGGAUGCGUGGCAGAAUAUCCUUGAAACUCCUACCAUUGUGACUCCUCCCCAUGACGGAGAGCUCGGAUUUGAGGAUGACUUUGAUGACUUUGUUGGUGCACCCAUGGGAAUCUCUUACGGACACGAGAGACAUAACACAAUCCGCGAACCUAGCGAUCACCUGGUUCCUAUGCACACCGGUGCUUCAUAUCAUUCUCUUGCAUCUGCAGAGGGACUUUCGGAAAUCUUGGACACUUCUAUUGUUCACGGCUAUGAUAACCUGGAUGAAAUCGAUGACAGAGACCCUGACCUUCCCUCCCGACAAGAAAUAGAAGAGACUACGAGACGCAUCUUUGGACCCCAGAUUGACGUUCCACCACCCCCUGUCCCUCCUGCCUCAGGACAAUCUUCUAGUCAUCAGUCAACUAUCCCGGCGUCUGAUUCGUCCUUCACUUUCCCCACUUCCGACGGAGACGGAGAAGAUUUUGACUUCGGUCCGUUCGAUCUCUCACACGUACUCAGUGCUUUGCAAGGCAUGAAAGAGGAGAUAUCUGGUAUCACAGAUGAGGGUGAAAGGCGAAAAGCUGCUGCUCGAGUCGCAUUGGGCCUGGUUUACGGUUUGGAAAAAGAAGACAUGAGAGUUGGCGAAAACAACUAAAGUCAUCUGUUCUCAAUGUAUCAUCAUGUAGAUUUAGAAAUUGCAUCUGAUUCGCAGGGCUCACCUCCCACCAUGGUAUCUAUGUGUCUCCUAGAUAGCUGUAAAACCAUAUACUAUAUACUGUGAGCACAACAGGAGAAAAGUAUACUACAGCAGAGCUGGGCAACUAGGACUUGACAUGAAGGAGAACUAAAACUUGAGUCCAAAUUGGGUCAGGAAAAAAAGGAAAGGAAGGAU